UAUCCCUAGUUUGGUCACACAGGCCAGGCCAGGCCACGUCUUAAAUCACGGUCGUGUACUAGUGUACUGUGGCGAAUACAAGGCUGUAUCAGACGCUAAAUUUCGGCCGGCGUAUCAGACGCUGUGCAAAACUAGAUUUUUUUCACCCUUUUCAUUUCCCCCCCAAAAGAACCUCCGCUUCAACUUCUCCAGGUGCUGGUGGCCUGGUGGGGGUGGUAGAAUCCGAAUGCAAGAUGGUCUCGGAGACUGUUGAGUUGGUUCGUUCUGUGAAUGGUAAGGCGAAAGCUAUAGGUCAAAAUGGAGCAGAUAGAGUCGCAGAUGAAGAACUUAAUGGAAGACAUAGAAAUCUGGAGGUGGCGAGUGUCUGUUCUCGUUCUGAUGGAAAGAAAAAGUCAAAUCACCGUAGGGAGUUGACUAUGGAAGAUAUCUGUAACAAUCUGGACGACUUGGAAGAUGAUGAAGAUGAUCUUGAUUGGGAGCCUUUUCUGGAGUGCCUGACAUUUGGAAGGUGGUCUUGCACCAACUGCACAAUGCUUAACCCUGACAGUAUCAUCUUUUGCGAGACAUGCAAGGAGCACAAGGAAUCUGGAAUCCUUAAGCAUGGAUUUUUCGGUUCACCUGCUUCACAAGGGGCUGCUCUUACUCCAGUUGAGUUAGAAGUAAUAGAAAGAUACACAGAAUCAGUCCCUGAUGUUGCAGCUGCUAGGUGCUCCACUGCAAUAGGUUUUGAUGAGAGAAUGUUAUUGCACUCAGAAGUUGAAAAGAAGAUGUAUAGUCAUCCAGAAAGACCUGAUCGUCUACGAGCAAUUGCUGCUAGCCUGUCUACAGCAGGAAUCUUUCCUGGAAAAUGUCGUCCUAUCACUGCAAGAGAAAUAACUAAAGAAGAACUGUUGAAGGUACAUUCUAUGGAGCAUGUUGAAGCUGUUGAACUCACUGAAAAAAUGCUUUCUAGCUAUUUUACUCCUGAUACAUAUGCAAAUGAGCAUUCAGCGGAAGCUGCGAGGCUUGCAGCUGGUCUAUGUGCGGAUCUUGCUACCGAAAUUUAUUCUGGUUGUGCCAAAAAUGGAUUUGCCCUGAUUCGGCCUCCUGGUCAUCAUGCUGGUGUACAUGAGUCCAUGGGUUUCUGCCUUCACAAUAAUGCAGCAGUUGCUGCACUAGCUGCUCAAGUUGCUGGAGCCAAAAAGGUCUUGAUUGUAGAUUGGGACGUACACCAUGGAAAUGGUACACAAGAAAUAUUUGACAAGAACAAGUCGGUUUUGUAUAUUUCAUUGCAUAGACAUGAGGGAGGCAACUUUUAUCCUGGAACUGGGGCAGCUCAUGAGGUUGGUACCAUGGGUGCUGAAGGUUACUGUGUGAAUGUUCCUUGGAGCUGUGGAGGAGUUGGUGACAACGAUUACAUUUUUGCAUUUGAACAUGUUGUGCUUCCAAUAGCCCAGGAGUUCGUCCCUGAUUUUAUUAUUAUAUCAGCUGGAUUUGAUGCAGCAAGAGGAGAUCCACUUGGUGGUUGUGAUGUCACACCUGCUGGUUAUGCUUGUAUGACUAACAUGUUGAAUACCCUUGCUGGAGGAAAGACGCUUGUAAUACUGGAAGGCGGCUAUAAUCUGCGAUCAAUAUCAUCAUCUGCCACUGCUGUAAUAAAGGUUUUGCUUGGUGAAAGCCCUGAGAACCAGUUUAGCGGUGUCGCACCUUCAGCAGCGUGCAUGCAAGCUGUAUUGGAUGUUUUAAAAAUUCAGACAAACUUUUGGUCAAGUCUUAAUUCCAAUUUCAUGAAAUUGCAGUCAUGCUGGGAGUCAUACUUGGUUGAAAAAAGAAGGAAGAAAAUGAAAAAAAGAAAACUUAAAGUUGCGGAACCACCCAUUUUCUGGAAAUGGGGAAGAAAGAGGUUUCUGUAUUAUCUCCAUUUACAGCGAUUCCGUGUAAAGCCCUAGUCAUUUAAUGAGUAACCUAAUGUAGUGUUAACCCUAACCACAGUUGCUGGGCUCUGUUAAAUUAUCUCCUCUUAUGGGGGUAUAUAUGCUGCUAGAAGACCCUUUAAGCUUAGUUUACAUGGUUUUUGGAUAGGACUUAUCCCAUGUAAAUAUAUUUAGGCUUAGUUAAGUUGAUUUUGUACCAUGAUUUUGCUCAUUGUAGAACAAGGCGGCUACAAGAGACGGGAACUAUUACUGGAAUUAUUUUGCACUGAGUUAAACUCAAGUCUAGAAAAGAUUAUUCAGUUUAUUUGUUUUCA